GGGACAGCUGAAUGAGACAGAGACAAAUUCUGAUGCAUUUGACUAUCGUUUAGAUUUUAAAAGGACAUUUCUUUUUGAGUACAAGUUAAGCUCAGAUGACAGCAUUUGUGGCAUAAAGUUGAUUAGAGCCAAUAAAUAAAUAAAUAUGUUCCCUAAAUGUAUAUGCAUAUAUAAUAAAAACCAAUUUAACCACAUUGCUACCAUGAAAUGUAAUGCUGUAAACCCUAUAACCUAACAACAAGUUUAACAAAAAAAUAUAUAUAAACAAAAAAUGUGAACAGAUUUAUAAAAAAUACAAAAAUAGAUAUAAAAUGACAAGCUUCACAUUUCUGCUUUUAAAACUCCCCCCCAAAUUGGCCUCAUUUACUUCCAUUGUACAAGUGACUCACACUAAUGUCGAUUUUAUAAAAGAAAACAAAGGUCAAAAUGCUUUUGGUGUUAAUCAGCAUUAUGCCAUGCAUGAAUGCUGCUGAUUCAGAAUCCAGAAUAUUCUUCCAGCAACAUGCCUCAUUUGACAGAUCCUUUUCUAAUCCAAAAUUAUUAAAAUAUUGGGCACAUGGCAGGUGGGCCUGAUAAUCAAAAGUAAAGCUAGUCAUGUUACAAUUCUAGCACACAGGUUAGGGUUCCUUUACUAUAUAGCUAUAUACUAUAUUUACUAUAUAGAAAAUAAACAAUAAGAACAAUUCAGAUACAUUUCAUUUUUUUUUCUGGGGUAGCCAGUUUGAACUUUGCACCACAUUUGGAGUCCACCAAACUCUCUGUGUGUGUAUGUGUGUGUGUGUGUGUGUGUGUGUCUCUCUCUCUGAGAGUUCUUUGCUGGUUUCCUGUCACAGAGGAAGUGCCUCACCCAGCUGUGUUGCUCCCUAUUGGCUCACGAUCAGGAGAACAGUGAUUUUGGGCUGAUAGGGUGGCCGAGCGAGGGAUAGAUAGAGGGAGUGCGGAGCGAAGAGAGGGACAAGCAGUCAGGACAGGUCAGAGGGUAGGCAGGAAGAAGAGCGUGCACAGCUAAAUAAAGACAGGCAAGAUGAAGAGAGCAAGUGAAGGAGGGUGCAGACGCGAGAGCAUAUCAUCUCUGCUAAAGAGGAAAUAACUCUGAGGUAAGACAUCAGAGAGCAGAUGAAGCUUCAGAGAAGAAAAACAUAGUUGCACGGACAGAUAUGAAUUUACAAGUAGAAAGAAAAAGCUUGAGAGUUAGUCAACUUUGGACGAUGAAGAAUGUUGCUGCUAAGAGGCUUCUGUGCGAUGGCAGACGGAGUGGUCAGGCCUGCGUCCCCCUCACCCUCCGUCUCCCUCCUGGAGAUCAAAGCAGAGGCACGGUUGGUGCUGAAGUCCUUUCUGCGUCACUCUCUCUCGAUUCCUCCUGGGGAGCGCCCUGGAAGGAUAGGAGGAGAAUACAAGGACCCAAACAAAUACAGAGCCUCAACAAAAGACAAAAUAAAGAAAGAUGCAAAUGGAUGGGACUCCUUAGAUGAAGAGAUCAGUGCCGUAGAGGAAAAGAAACAUGGCAUUAAAAAUUUAAUAAAGAGAAGACUGAGACCCCGUUCAUCUUUGAUCCGCCGUGCUAAGAAAGACGGCAGUUCUGACCCGACUCCAAACAACACCCUGGAGAAGCUGAGUCAGCCGGGACAGUCUGACAAGCCAUCAACAAAUGGAGCACACAGUUUACCCAGAAAAACUGAGGAAGAGAUAUUCCCACCAUCCUCUGCAUCUGAAGAGGAAGGUGACAAGAAAUCGGGUGACAAAAAUAAGAAAAAGAAGAAAAAACUGAAAAUAUCUAAUAUACUCAAAAAAGUGUCAUUCAAGAAAGAAGAGCCUCGUCCUCAGCACCCAGCCUCUCUGAAUUUAAUAAGUGCUACAGAUGCUUCAAAACAUGAGGAUAGUCCUGUUUCACCAUCUCAUCCCCCUGAGUUUUAUGACGGCGUGGCAGAAACUCUGGACAGAAUCGCACAGAAACACAGUGUGAAAAAGAAAUCCCCUGUUAAACCAGAGCCUGUGCCAAGCGCACACAAAGACAGUGACAAAGACGCAGUGGUUCAACAACUAGUUCAGAUAUUAACUUCAGAGGGGGAUGCCAUAAACGGGAAGAUAAACGCCAACCCCUUCCUGCGGUCCACCCUCACACGCCUCUCCUACCCAUCGUUUGCCAAACUCCUCGACACGUACGCCAGUCAGAGUGAGGAGCCCCCCGCUCCGGCUCCGGUCAGCCCUACGCUGCGGCGUCUCGCCAUCACCAUGGAUGUGUCUCGACGGGUGGUCACGGCCACUGGAGUUCAGCGUCUGACCGGGUAUGCUGAACGCUACAUGGAGAGCUUCGCACCAUGGGUGAGGAGUCACGGAGGAUGGGGGAACAUUGCAGACCUGGACGAUGUUCUGGAGUGUGAUUGACCUCUGUUCAGUAUGAACUCUGAAUCAUGUAGCAUGACCUCUGUGAGGAAAGGACGAACAAGAACCAGCCAACUGGGCAACUGACACUACUUGAUUAUAUGGUUUUUGUGCUGAUGUAUUUAUUUUUUUACUUGUAAUUUGACUUUUAUACCAAAAUACAUGAUUCCAAUCAUCUACUGUUGUAUUGCAUCCUUAUUUAGUUGUAAUGUCCUUAACAGACAUUAAUGAAGUACAGAAAAUUGGUUUUUUGGUUGA